AUGGCGGCGACCGUAGUCAUAAUGAGUGGCGAUACAGCUCCACCAAGCGGCCAGCCUCUGCCCCAACAGGUGCGCACCGUGUGGAUCCGUCAAAUCAUCAACGAUGAAGAUGCACCUUUAAUAAACGGAAUCAAGUGUGUCAAGCGGUUCCUGAAUCCUCUUGAGUAUCUGGAUCAACAACGUAAGAGGAAGCAAUCCAAAGUCCUCGAGGAUGUCAACGCCUCAUCAGCACCACUACACCAGCUUCCCGUCCAAAUUCUUCAGCGAGUGGCAUCGUUCAUGAGACCUGAGGAUGUAUUGGCUCUCUCGAUUACGUGUCGCUGGUUUGCCGUAGUUCUUCAGAAGGAGUUGCAGAUUUCCAUCGACACGAGAUGGACUCUUAGGCGGAGGUUGUUCGCGGAGAGAUGGAAAGAAAUCGCAGACAAUGAGCGAAUUCACUUCCCUCGAGGCCAGACGAUGCUUUGUUUUCGUUGUCUUAGCGCACAUCUUGUCCUGGAGUUUAGUAUACGUGAGCGGACGCGCAGUGCGCAUGUGCGCUGGUGUCUCUGGGGACCGGAAGAGAGGGUGAUGAUCAGGCGGAGUAGAAAUGGCGCCUGA